AAUAUGCUUAGCUUCGACGCCAACUCUAUGCUUACCCAAGCAGCUUUCGUUCUGUAAUAUCUACGGAAGUUCGAGUUCACGUACUGUCGUUUCUGCGGAGGGUGUGCACAGCAACUUACGUCGGCCCUCCUUCCCUUAGCGCACAUUCGCAGCUGGCGUAUCAGCUGACAAGAAUCUGUUUAUUUUCUCUAACCGUUAGGCUUAAAACCUAACAAACUCUCAGCUGAACUUUUAUACGUCUCUGUUCUGUGAAAGUUUUCGCCUUUAUGUUCUGCGCAGGAUGGCGUCUCAUGCGAUGUUCAGGAGAGCUCUAACCUGCACGAUUCCUUCGAUGUCUCGACCCAGCACGAUGGUCAAGACCCGCAAGCAACCCAGCUCCGACAUGGCAGCGUUUCGGGAAGUCUUCAAGUCGGCGCAACACGUCGUGGCUUUGACCGGAGCUGGUAUCAGCGCCGAAAGCGGUGUUCCUACUUUCCGCGGCGCUGGAGGCCUCUGGAGAAAGUACAGCGCUCAGGACCUGGCGACACCAUCUGCAUUUCUAGCCAAUCCCUCGCUGGUCUGGGAGUUCUAUCACUAUCGACGAGACCUUGUACUACAUAAGAAACCAAAUGCAGCCCACAUUGCUCUUGCAAGUGCAGAGAAGCGGUUUGAGAAAGAAGGACGCACACUCGUUGUGAUCACCCAAAACAUUGACGAAUUGCAUCGAGCUGCAGGAACUCAGAAUCUACUGGAACUGCAUGGUACUCUCUUCAAAACAAGGUGUACAAAGUGUGGCCACGUCGCAAUCAACAAAGACAACCCGAUUACUCCUUCUCUAGGUGGUAGAGGUGCACCUGACCCAAACACUCCUGAUGCUGCUGUACCUGUCGGAGAACUUCCCAGGUGCAAGAAAUGUGCAGGAUUGCUCAGGCCUCACGUGGUCUGGUUUGGAGAAUCUCUUGAGCCAGAUGUGCUCACCAAGGCUGACGAAGAACUGAAACGAUGCGACCUGUGUCUCGUGAUUGGAACGUCGUCGGUCGUGUACCCAGCAGCAAUGUUUGCACCAGAAGUUGCGGCUCGUGGUGUUCCUGUGGCGGAGUUCAAUCUGGAAGCUACGUCUGGCACAGAGAAUUUCGGGUUUCACUUCGAUGGUCCCUGUGGUACAACGCUGCCUGAAGCUCUAGCCCCCUGAAGUCAGAAUGCAGAAUCCUGGAUGCUUGUUUGACGGUAUGCAAGAGGACCCCAUAGUGCUGGAGCUUGUUCAUGUUAGUAGAAUCGUCCAUGGAAACAAGUAGAGGCCUGUAGGUGUGUGUUCUGUAGUUGUCUCUUUGCUUUAUAUUAUGUUUUCUAUUUUUGUAAGGCAAUUCUACACGGGACCAGCAUGAAAUCGGACAGUUAAGUUUUACAACAUGCUCCUUUGGGAUGACUGGGACACUCACCCUACAGUGUACCUUUUGAUCGUAAGCAGAUGGAUUUUCUUGUCUACGCAUUUAUGGCAGCCAUAUUUUUUCUUCAGCAGUUGUCUAUUUAUUGCUGCACUGCACAAGUUCUGUGAGCCAAUGGUUUUAUACAUUGAUCACAAAUUUAGACUUUUAAUUGAGCAAGUUGUUAAUGACUAUGCAGUUGGGCCACCUCUGUCACAAGUAGUUUGUUAUUGUUAUGGCUAUGUGGCACAGUCACCUCUCAAUAAUUCAAAGCUUAUUGAAACAACAAAAUGCUUCAAAUUAAAAAAAAAAAAAAAAAUUUGUAUUUUUUUAGAAGGUGUUGAUUUUUUUCUUGCCUCUGCUGAUGGAGAUGCACCGCAGUAACCAUGCUCUGCAAAUUUUAAACCUUUCUGGGGUGCCUCUGUUCUUCACAAAUGAAAAAGUUAUCUGUGGUGCCCAAUGCAGUUCUGUGUCAGUGGCAUCAAAAGUGACUCGAGGGUUCCUAGCCCCAACCAGUUGUGCGAUUUCACGGUCCGAAAGUGGACUACAGACCACAACAUGUUUGUUGACAUCAGUAUACUUGAUGGACGAAACGUCUCCGAGGGCUGGGUAAAUCCUCGAGCCCAGCUUUGUUGGCUGCGUGCACCAUGCGGCCACGCUAUUAAUUGCUUCUGUGAUUUCCGUCGUACCCGCUGCCAUGCUUGGCUUGGCUUAGCUAGCUUGGUCGCUUGGCCGCACUUGUUCGCUCUUCUCUCAACCACGCAAACGGUGGAUUAAAGUAAGUGUGUUGUGCAUGGUUGUAAUUUAAACUUGGUCAGAAUAAUUGUAAGGCUUUUUUUAUGCUCUUAUGCUUUUGGAGCACAUGCCGCAUGUUUAUUCCCGUAGACUUGUAUUUAUGAUUCCCAGGAUCGCACACAUGCUUAGAACUAACCGAUAUUUGAAUAAAGCGACUUUGAAUUGCAGAGAGUCAAAUGUGUAGGUUUUGUAAGACUAGUUUUCUCUCUACCAUUUGCACUUCAUCCUACUGCCCAGUAGUAUAUAUUGGGUGUUUCAGCAAAGAUUGACAACAAUUUCUAAAAUUAGUGUAAUUAAGGUAAAAAGAUUAUUUUCUUGGGACUGCAUUACUCGUAGUGGAGGAUGUCAGAAAAUUUGCGAUACUUACUAAUUGGUUUGCUAAUUAAAAAAUGCUAAUUAAUUUUUUAAUUAGUGCAGCGUUGUGGUCAGUGCCAAUGGCACGAUUGUAGCUGACGACCUGCCAAUGACGUAUCACUUGUUAGCACGAAGAAAAAGUAAUUAUCCUAAGUGCCGUGGCACUCGAAAAUCUGGUAAUUGUUUCAUCUCGAAUAUGAAACCCAGCACAUGAGGAGCGCAAAAAGACUUGUGCCAAGAAUACGUCAGUGGGCGACGCGUCGUGACGUCUUUGGGACUACGACUCGAGAGCCAAACUGUCUUGUGUUAUCUAGCCGCUGCAUGCAUUUGAUUUCGCCCCAACAAAAUAUGCCGUCAUCAUCGGCUGCGCGGUCCCGAUUUCGAGAACUCUGCAUGGCAAGGGCCUGAAUUUUGUGUCUCAAAAACGUUUUUUUUUUGUACCACGUUAAUUAUUAUUUGAAGGAAACAAUAAUUGCUUUUAACCAUGGUUCAAUACAACAAUUACGCCAUUUUGAACAUUCAUGUUCACAUUCACCGCAUUAUUGUAGCAUUGUUCUUUUUGCUUGCACGCAUGAUUAGUGGUGUUAUUUUCCUGUAUUUUCUAAUUUCUUGGAUAUUAUAGUGGUUUGAUGUUAAACAUAAAACUUAGUGUAGAACUUUCCUCAAAAACAGUUUUGCUUCUGUUGAUGGCUUCUUUUUUGUCCGAGUUCACAUAGGAUACUCCAACCUAAUGGAAGAUGAUAAUAUUGAUUUGUCUUGUAAAAAAUCAUGUUUCAUGUUUAAGAAUAAUUUAUUUCAUAGCUUUGGAAUGUUCUUUGUGUUUUUAUCAAAUAUCAUACGUUUAGUAAAUAUUUGAACAUGGCCACCUCACUGUGGCAAUUUUUUAAUUCCACGUGACCGAAAUAAAUAUCAUUAGAAACGAACCGGUUUUGUUACAUUGUGUUCCAAGUGCUCUUCGUCCAUUACAAUAGAUAGAAAGAAGUGCUCCUUCAUUGCGUUCACUAAAAGUAGAAGGGGAUGUCCCAAAGCAUUUUUUUUUUUACAUUGGUUUAAAUCGUCGAGGCUAGUGGGUUCAGAGGAGAAAGCUUCACUUUUAAGGAAGGACACUACCUGGGAAUGUCAACUUUUGAACCGUCACUCAAUCGUUGUGAUAUGUGCAGGUGGUGUUGGUAGUCAUAUAGAAGGAGGGCAUGCAAAGUUUCAGCCCUGUGAACCAAUUUUAUGAGGUUCUAUACCCCCAGAACGAAGUAAAGUAUGGAAUCUGCUCUAUGAAUCUAUCGUUGAUAAAUGGUGUUCAUAACCACAAAUAUUUUCUUGUGGAAUGCAUACUGGAAUACCUGUUGCCAGCUACUAUAAUAAUAAAUUUAAAAAUAUAAAUUUUUCAGGUAAAAAACAAAUUAUGAAAAAGUAAACUUUUUUUCCACAUUUUCCAAGUUUUGGAAAUUACAAUUUUUCAUAAUAAAGGAACAUGAAAAUGCAACAUCUAAGCUCAUAGUAACCGUAUCCAUAAAAUUUCGAUAUAUAAGCCACAAAAAUUAAGUCUCUCGAUAGUUUCAUACUGAAACGAUAGUGAAAUUUAUGCCAAAAGUGGAACGGAGAAAAACGCCUUCAAAGUGCUCGAGCCUCAACCUUUUCUUUAGCAUCGGUGGACUGAAAAGAAUUUAUAAAAAAAUAACUAUGCAGUGUAAACAAAUGAAACUUUCUGGGAGUACUCUCUAGAUGUUGACGGAUGUAAAUAUGGCAUUUUUCAGAAUCAACUUUUUUUACAGAAUUUUUUUUUCCCUGGUUAGUGACAUAGCCCCAAAAGGAAGAAGUCUAGGGGUGACAAAUCUGGGGACCUUGGAGGCCAGGCCGUGCUUCCACUGCGCCCGAUCAACUGGUUGGGAAAAUGGUUAAUUAAGAACUGGCGUUCUGGUGAGGAGAAGUGCGGCGGAGCUUCGUCGUGCUGAAGCCACAUCAUCUUGAAAGUAUUCAGUGGAAGUUCCAACGCGAAGUCUGUCACCACACCUUUUAAAACGGAGUUGAUGUAUUUGCUUCCAGUGAGAUUUCCGUCAAUAAAAUAGGGGCCAAUAAUACGACUGUUGAAAAUCCCGCACCAUACGUUGGCUGCCCAUUUGAUUUGGUGCGUGUGCUGACCUAGCCAAUGUGGGUUAGUGUCACACCAGUAGUGCGCAUUGUGCAAAUUCACAUUGGAGUUUCGGCAAAACUGGGCCUCAUCUGUCCGAAGAAUGUUAUUGAGAAAAUUCGGGUCCUUGUCACAUUAUAUGAGGAGGCAUCAGUUCCAGAAAUCUAACCGUUUCUGAAAGUCGUUUGCAGUCGAUUCUUGAUGUAAGAAUUGUGCCUGGAAAGCGACCUCCAAACCGAAGACAUGCUCUCUCCGGACGCCUUGGCGAUUUCCCUGAUGCUUGCUUGUGGCUUUUGACUGACGUACCCUAAGACUGAAAUACCAAAGUCCUCACCACCGCAUGUGGGUGGCCUCCUUUCCUGGACCUGGACUAAACCGGUAGAGUGGAAGUGAUUAAACGGCACUUUGAAUGUAGCACGUGCAGGCACACAACGAUCGGGAUGCUCAGCUGCAUACAGCUUUGAAGCCAGAUCAAGGUCUUUUGCGCAUUCACAUACGUGAUCACAAUGUCCACCUUUACAGCUACAGAAAACUGGUGUGAACUUUGCACUGCCAUUCCACUGAGCCGAGGUCUGCGAUAUCUAUGUUCUGCACGUAGACUGAUAAAAACAGCACUUUCAAACAAUGGGACGUUGCCAAAUAACACGGGCCGAGCAAAGUUUUCAAAAUUGGGGCCGCGCAGCUCAUGAUGACAGUGUAUUUUGUGGGGCGAACGCCGAGUAGCUGGGCAAAAUAAAUGCAUGCCGCGGCUAGAUAGCACACAUGGUUCGGCUCUCAAGUCGCAGUCUCGAAAACGUUACACGAGUCACCGGCUGACAUAUUCUUGGCACGUGACUUUUUGCACUCGUGCGCUGGGUUUUGGUUUCGUGAUAAAAAAAAAUUGUCAAAUUUUUCGUGUGCCACAGCAUUUGGGUUAAUUACUUUUUCUCUGUGCUAACAAGUGAUGUGUCAUUGGCAGGUCAGCAGCUACAAUCGUGCCAUUGGCACUGACCACAGAGCUGUGCUAAAUAAAAAAAGUAAAUUAGUCGUUUUUAAUUAAUUAGCAAACGAAUGAGUAAGUAUCGCGCAUUUUCUGACAUGUUCCAUCACGAGUAAUGCGGUCCAGAGAAAAUUAUCUUUUUAUCUCAAGUACACUAAUUUUAGGAAUAUUUGUCAGUCUUUGCUGGAACACCCAGUAUAACUAAGUAAAGCUGCUACCUCACUUAUUUGGCAUUUAGCAGGUCUUUUUGAAAGGUGCCAAAUAAUACUUAAUUUUAGACAUAUUUUGUAUGUAUAGAAGGUAUAAAAAUAGAGAUAGAACCCUUUUUCUAUUUUUAAUUUUAUGUAGUUGGAGUGCCAGACAAACGAGGUGUGGCUUUUUUUAAAUAUAUCAUCACCAAAGGUUUAUCCAAUUGUACUCCAUUUGAAUGGAAGACUAGGUGGUUAAAUAAUGUCACCAAAUUUCCAAGAAGUGCAACAAUAUUGCUUUGUUCUUAUAUUCUUACUUGAUAUAAAUUUUUUGGCAUGUACUAUUCUUGGGAACAGGUCAGUGGAGGGAAAUGUGUUGUCCCAGUCUCUACUUCGUGCAGUUCUAUAAUUUGCAUAGUAUUGCAUUCCAGCAUCCCCAGUUGUAAUUUUUUUGUAGCCGCUACGUGUGAGCUAGUGGCCACCAAAAAUAUAGUGUAGUGUUGGGGCUUCACUAAAACAUUACCAAAUUGGAUUUGGGGAUUUCUGUUAUGGUGAAAAAAGGUCAGUGGAUUACUUGCUUAGGAAUUCACUUUUGCCUUAGCUUUUACCAAACCUGACCAUCUUUGAAGGCUGUUUGCUGCAUUAUACCUCUCUGUUUGUUUCCCAGUAGUAUCUUCCUACUCACAAAAUAUUGAUGUCAGCCCUACUGACAUCAAAACGUAGAGAUCUGGCAUUCAAGCUCAUUCGGAGCCCAAACACGAUGUGCUCUGGACGUCUACGAUGCGCCCAUGCAAAAACAGAAAUGCUUUGUGUGGUUGCAGCCAUAUGUUGCACACUUUAUGUACAGCUUUGCAACAAUUUCUUCUUUGAUGCAUUGAUAGUAACUGAAAACCUGCUGCUCCGCUCCGUGGCCAACUGGUUCCCAAAAUGCAGUGCACACAGUGUUGCAUGCAGGGAUAUAUGGAAGUAAUCUCUUGAGAUAAGGUGCAAUCAAUUAUACCCAUAAUUUCUGGCAAAUAAAAAUCGAAAAUACUGAGCACUAUAGACCGUUCCAACUCGAGAAGGAAGGGUGAGGGAAAGGAAGGCCGAGGAGGAGGAAGCAGACGGAAUGCUGGAGGAUAGAGGGGAAAACCACCUCCUCUGUCUAGUGGUCCGUCUGCUUCCUUCUCUCCAGCCUUCCUUCCCUCGCCCUACCUUCUUGAGUUGCAACGGACUAUAGCACUAGUCUAGAACAUGGCUCAAGUCACUAUGCUUAGAAAGCUUGGGUCAAAUUAAUUUUCAGGCGAGAAUGGAGUUUGAAGUGCACAGCCAAACCUUGAGUGAUGCUGUUUACUCCACAAGUUUAUUAUGUGGCCGUCUCGUAUAAAUCCUGCCAGAUUUACCAUUGAUGGGUAAUAUUGUGGUCCUAAUAGCAGUAUAAAGUGCAGAGCAAAUGGAUCUGGUGGUUGUCUCACUAGCACCUUUUUUUCCAAUAUGUGCCUGCGAUUAGAUUCUUUAGAAAUCUGCCUGUUACUAGGAAUGUUUGUCUUACCAGGUAUAUUUUGAAUGAGAAACUUCCUAUUAUAACUAACUCUUUGUGUCUCUUUGAGCUGCAUUGAAACAGUUUAACUUGUCCACCUGGCAAUCUUUGUGACAACUAUAGUAUUCAUAUAUACUGUAUACUUUUUUUAUGUUAAAUUUCACAUAUGGAAGUGUCGGUGAUGUUUUCUAAUUUACUUAGAAAUCAACUGACACUUCCAUAUGUGAAAUGUAACAGGACAUGGCAACUAGCAUACAUAUUCCAUGGUUUUUCUGUGGAGACCAGAUGCACAGCUGUGAUUAGACGUGUAUGGCAAAUAGGCAGCUGUCUUGCUCUUGCUGUAAUCAUAAAUAUGAGGAGUGUGACAGCUUUUUUUGUUUUCUUUUCAUCGGGCCACUUUUAAUAAACCCUUCAUACCAGUAUCCUUUUCCUAGGUAUUGAACAACUUCUUUGAUUCAACAUGAUUCUCUGAUGCAAGAUGCACUUCUGCUAACAGAAUCGUGCAAUUACUGUUCUUGUGUCGUGGAAUUGUUAAAAAUUCUGUAAAUCUGUUGUGCUUUCGUUAAACCUCAGUUAUGGAUGUUGCCUGUAGUUGGUCACGAUGCUCCUGGUGCUCUGGAACAAAAAAUUGAGGGAGCAUAAAAUCGACAAUAUUUCUAUUCUCGCUACCCGUAUUUCGUGUUAGAAAGUGACGACAAAUGUUUCUUACUUUUUCAUUUGUGUAAUGUUACACUAGUCCUGUUGAUACUAAAAAAAUGGUGUGUGGCUGUCAUCGCUUUAUAUAAUAAAUCUCUGGAUAUCUUGUCUUA